AUGCUGUUCCUCGAAUUCCCCACCGAGAUCGUCCUCCUCGUCGCCGAAAGCAUCCCCCUAGAACGCGACCUAAGCUCUUUGACACGAACAAACCGUCGCCUCCACUCGCUCCUAUCCACUAUUCUUUUGAAAAACAAUAUGCAGAACUCCGACAGCUCCUCCCUCUACUGGGCUGCCCGGAACGGCAAGCUCGUCCACGUCCAGCGGAUGGUCGAGCUCGGCGCCGAUGUCUCAGCCACCGCCGACGGACUCUCUCCUUUAGAUCACGCUGUAUGCGAAGGCCAUGCGGAUGUUGUCAAGUACCUCCUCGAGAAGGGCGCGCCGUACCGAUGGAGCGAAACUCGACCUUGGACGCCGCUUUGUGCUGCUGCGGCAGCCGGAUUCACCGAGAUUGUCCAAAUCCUACUCGAUCAUCACGGGCCUGAGCGCGGGACUCAGAAAGAGGACGACCUGAAGGCACUCAAGGACUCCCCAUCAUGGGCCAAUUGGCGUGUGGUCAAGUCGCUCUUUCACACCAACCUGGCAGGGAUCGAACGAGAAAGAUUCGAAUACACCGUCCCGCUGUUCAUGGCAAUUGCAGGCGGACAUUGCGAGACAGCUGAAGUACUGAUGAAGGACAAGAGAGUGGACGUCAACUAUCGCGACCGGGUGGACCGCUCGCCGCUGAUAUGGGCUUUGUCGCACGGCCAUGAGAAUCUGGUCACCCCUCUCCUGCAAAACGGCGCCGACGCGAAUGUCCAGAACCGAGAUACCGGCGAGACGCUGCUCGUCACGGCCAUCCGCGAACACAAGCUGUCUCUGCUGCGAAGCUAUCUCGCUCAAGGCGUUGUCGACCCCAACCUCACCGAUCGGAACUUUCGCACCCCGCUGUGGGCGGCGCUGGACUCGUGGCAUCGUACGGACAUCCUCCAGGAACUGCUGGCAAGGCCGGACUUGGACGUGAACAAGAAAGCCAGUGUCGCCGAUAGGACCCGCGGUGGCCUCACGCCUCUACUCCACGCCAUUCGGGAACGUCAAGAAAAGGUUGCGAGAAUGCUCCUCGAGCACCCUACGCUCGACAGUACCUCGAUCAACAGCACAGAUGACCAGAAGCGAACGCCGCUUUCCUAUGCAGCCCAAUACGGUCUUGUCGAACUCAUCAAUAUCUUGCUGUCAAAGGGCGCAGACCCUCAACUAGCCGACCAAGACGGAAGGGUACCUCACUCGUACGCUGCCGAGAGGGGGCACGCGCAAGCUAUCAGGAACCUGGUACAAACAGGGCGAGUCCCAAUCGACGCAGCCGACAGCCAAGGCCAGGCGCCCAUCUUCUGGGCCAUCCGGGGCGGCAAUGUGGAUAUGGUUGAGACGCUCGUCGAGAUUGGCGCUGACCCAAAUCAACAAGACAAGGCCGGCAGCACGCCUUUAAUAUGCCUCGUCAAGCGAUCAGCAAGAAAGCCCACUCUCGCGCCGGACGACGAGCAAGCGAUUACCUUUCUGUUGAACCAGAAGGCGAACCCGAGUAUACGGGACGCAGAAGGCAUGACGGCGUUGGAUUGGGCUUGCAAGUACAAAUGGGGCGAGCUCAUGGCCGGUCUGGUGAAGUCGUCUCCAUCUGGUAUGAGAAUAGACGAGGUAGACAGCACCGUGGAGAGUAUUAUCGCAGCCUCAAGGUCCAAUUCUUGCGCAGCGUACGUACAACGGCGCGUUUGGAAGAUGGGAGUCGGUGCUGGGGGUGACUGGGAGGACAUGCGGCAAUGA